AUAAACACAGUUUAGGGGGCUGCAAUAUAAAACCAAAGAGAGGGUCAUCUAGGGUUUAGUGUUCGCUGCCAUUUACAAACGGAUUUGAGGGAGGCGCAGCUGCAACACCGGCGUUUUAAUUAAUCCAGCGAAACAGCUAUGGCGAGAGGUCUUAAGAAGCAUUUGAAGAGGCUCAAUGCGCCUAAGCAUUGGAUGCUUGACAAACUUGGUGGUGCAUUUGCUCCCAAGCCUUCAUCUGGACCCCAUAAAUCCAGAGAAUGCUUGCCUUUGAUCCUUAUAUUGCGAAACAAGCUGAAGUAUGCUCUCACUUAUCGUGAAGUCCAGUCCAUUUUGAUGCAGCGUCAUGUCCUUGUUGAUGGGAAGGUCAGGACUGACAAGACCUAUCCAGCUGGUUUCAUGGAUGUUGUGUCAAUUCCCAAGACCAACGAGAACUUCCGUCUCCUCUAUGACACCAAAGGCCGAUUCCGCUUACACUCUGUUAGAGACGAGGAGUCAAAGUUUAAGCUGUGCAAAGUGAGAUCAGUCCAGUUUGGUCAGAAAGGUAUUCCAUACAUCAAUACCUAUGAUGGGCGAACUAUCCGCUAUCCUGAUCCACUCAUCAAAGCUAAUGAUACCAUCAAACUUGACUUGGAGGCAAACAAAAUUGUUGACUUUAUUAAGUUUGAUGUUGGCAAUGUUGUCAUGGUGACCGGAGGAAGAAAUACAGGACGGGUAGGGAUUCUCAAGAACAGGGAGAAGCAUAAGGGGAGCUUUGAGACUGUUCACAUUCAGGAUGCACUUGGUCAUGAAUUUGCUACUCGUUUAGGGAAUGUCUUUACUCUUGGAAAGGGUUCAAAGCCAUGGGUGUCUCUUCCCAAAGGCAAGGGUAUCAAAUUGACCAUCAUUGAGGAGGCCAGGAAGAGGACUGCUGCCCAGGCUGCGACAACUGCAUAAAUUGUGUGAACAAAUUUUUAGCAGAGUUUUAUCUGCUAAUUUUACAAGCAGGUGGUUGUUAUCUGGCUACCAUAGGAUUUAUGCUUUUGAAAUUAAGUUUUGUUCUCUGUUGAACUGAAAAUUGUGAAAGAUUUAGUUCCAAAUUUGGUUGAACUCUAUUAAUUUUGGUCAGAAUAGAAAACUUUUCAACUCA